ACUCAAGCUGAAGAAGGCAGGGUUCUCGGAGUCUUGGUUCCAAUCAGGUCUAGGAGAAUCCAGGGGGGAAAAAGGAAAAAGAAAAAGCUGGAAUAGGCCGCAAGGACCUUGAAAUCAAAGCGUCGAAGUAUUGUCUCCAUCAAAAGAGGAAGAUGGCUUCCAAAUGCGUGAGGCUACUCCUUCUGCUGAGCUGGGUAGCUGGCCCUGAAGUCCUGAGUGAUAUCUUGAGACCCAGCUGUGCUUCUGGAUGGUUCAACUAUAGGUCCCACUGUUAUGGGUACUUCCGGAAGCUAAGAAACUGGUCUCAUGCUGAGCUGGAAUGCCAGUCAUAUGGAAACGGAUCCCAUCUGGCAUCUGUGUUGAAUCCAAAGGAAGCCAGCGUCAUAUCAAAGUACAUAACUGGCUAUCAGAGAAGCCUGCCUGUGUGGAUUGGCCUGCAUGACCCACAGAAGAAUGCAUCAUGGCAGUGGAUUGAUGGGUCUACAAACCAGUACAGACCCUGGAGCCCCAGGACAAAAAGUGAAGCCAGGCACUGCACUGAGAUGAACCCCAAGGAUAAAUUUUUAACUUGGAACAAAAAUGGAUGCACCAAGCGCCAACACUUCCUGUGCAAGUACAGGCCAUAGAGCAAAAAUCAGGCAUCUACCAGCUUCGUACAAGCUCUUUCCACUUCCCUCUCACCUGGUGGCUGAUCUAAUCAUUAUCCCAGAGAGUAAACACAGCAGCAAACAUUGAUGAAGCCUCCAGUGCACUGACUAUCAAGCCCGGCUUAGCAUGGUGGGACAGUGGCUUCUGGUCUCAGAGUUUAGCAUGAUGGGACAGUGGCUUCCCGUCUCAGAGAAUAGCAUGGUGAAGCAGUAGCUUCUGCUCUAAGAGAUUAGCAUGGUAGGGCAGUAGCUUUCUGUCUUGGAGUUCAGCAUGGUGGGACAACAGCUUCUGGUCUCUGAGCUUAGAAUGGUGGGACAGUGGCUUCUGGUCUCAGUGUUCACUCUAUAAUCCUUUCUGGUACUUCUCUUCCCUCUCAUUGUCUCAAAGAAUGCUAGAAAUGUGUUUUCUUGACCACUGUGUCUCUGUCAAACCAGUAAAGUUUUGGAGCCAAGAAACAGC